CCAACAUCAUUCUAUCUUCCUUAUUCACCUCACACAUCUGCUCACACUCAGUUUCACUACUUCUUGCGCUUGCGACUGGAUACCAACAUCAUUCUAUCUUCCUUAUUCACCUCACACAUCCGCUCGCACUCAGCUUCACUACUUUCCUGUGCUGGAUUACCAACAUCAUUCUAUCUUCCUUACAGCUCAUUACAAUAUGGUGUGUCAUUCAAUAUUUCAUUCAUCCUCAUCUUUGACAUCCUUGUCCUUGUUCUUUUCCUCAUUCUUGUCCUCAUUCUUGCCCUUGUCAUUUUCUUUUUUCUCCUCCUCCUCCUCCUCAUCUUCUUUGUUGUCUUCAUCCUCACCAUCACUGUUUGGCAUCACCUGCCUGUUUAUUUUCAAUACUGCACACCUCACAGCAGUGACCUGCAUGGCCUUGGCAAUAUUUUCUGCCUGCUUGAAGGUACUUGAGUGUUUGUACACAUCUCAUAUCAUGCUUGGCUGGAAGCCUGAGUGGUUUGCGAGUCUCCCCACUUUCUCUUCAAACCUGAACUGCAUGAACUGUGUGAUAUCUGUGGUGUGGAUUUGAGGGUCUAUGUGAGGAGGGACCCUGGCAUUGGCCUCUGGGCUGCUGUUGGUGGUGACAGCUCUCUUGGUAUUUUCAAUCUUGUUUGUCUGGCCAUUGCUGGCACCUGUUUCUGUGAAAGCAAACUUGGAAGUGUGCAAGUGUGGAGUCAUUGAGUAUAUUACUGUGUACUGUAGCUCUUGUUAGCUUGAAUUUGCUUCCCUGAAUGAAUAUAGCUAGGAAAUUUAAAUGUUCUCAACCCAC